CAGGUGCAUAUCUCUAUUCUUAACAUAAGCGAAAAAUUCAUGAACAAUGCAAGUCUAUUAACAUCGUAUUGUGUUGGGCAUUCCUGUAUCAUUAAGUGGCAAAAUCCAAAGAUAAAGGGCAAGGUGCAUCAAAGAAGACAUGUCCCGUUCUAACGAUUGUGGCAGUAUACACAGAUGGAGCGCUCUAUCAUACACAACUAGUACAUGUUCCACUAUCAUGUGCCUACUGACUAUACCCUUAAACACUGCAGUAAUAGUUGCUAUUAUAAAAUCUGGCAACUAUACAUCUCAGUUUUACAUGAUCAUGUUGAACAUUGCAAUUUCGGACUUGCUCCUUGGCGUUCUUACAGAACCCCUGGGUGCUGCUUUGUUAAUUCAAGAGGGGCUAGGGACUGGGCCUAAGAAAGCAGAGUUGAGUACAUUUUUAGCCAGUUUGUUUGUGCUUGGAACCUCGUCAGUGCUUAGUAUGGCAUUGCUCAACAUCGACAGAUAUCUUUCCAUCCAGUUCCCAGCCUUCUAUGAAACACUGAAGGAAUGGCAUCUCCUUGUUUCUUUGUCUGCUAUUUGGCUAGUGUCUGCAUUUUCAGGCUACCUUUCUUUAAACAUCGGCUUUACGCGGUAUUUGCUUAUAUUUUCCCUUUGCACCGUCUUAUUCACAGUCGGGGUGAUGUUUCUCACCAUGAGGAUAUUCUGGAAGAAACUAGUUUCAGUCACUGCGCCGAAUGACAAUCGUUUGAGCAUUGACCCUGACAAUCAGAACAGCAGAGUUGCCACAACAAAAGUUUUCAGCAUCGGUAGAUUCCGAGCUACAAGCAACCAGAGAAGAAUCAUACGGACAUUGUUUUUCAUGCUAGCGAUAUUCAUAACAAGCUACUUUCCGGUCUUUCUCGCCUGUAUUUACUUAAAUAUGUGCCACGAAUGUGAUUGCCUGGCAGUACAUAUAUUGAGGGAUGUUGUCAUACUUGCAAUCCUCGUAAGUUCUGUUGCUAGGCCUAUUAAUUUCCUGCACAGGCUUAGCAACCUCAGGAACGAGCUUCGCUGCUUGAAAAGAUAAAAGAUUUUAACAAGGAAAACCACAUCUUUGGCGCCAAACAGAAUAUAUCCGAUAAGGCAAAAGGUUCAUUUGCGUACUACUAAAGUUGUUCCUGGAAAUGCAAUUUUGCAUAAUUUAAAUACGUGAUUUAUUCGGAUUAUAUACUUUCUGAUCCAGCAUCUACAAGCAUUCUAUACCAACGUUACUGCAGUUUAUUUAGAAGCAUUCGGAGACCUCUAUGUGUACGUAAAAAUUAUAUCUAGAUCGCGUUACGAACAAUGGCCUUUAUGAAAAUAUUGAAAUUGGUAUUAA